CAUGCGCAGUGCGCGCCCGCGCUGGCGCCGGCCGCCCGUCCCGCCGAGUGUCAUGGCGGCCCCCAGGGCGGCGGGGGGCGGCUUCCUGAAAGAUGUCGUGGCCUACGUGGACGUGUGGUCCUCCACCGGGACAGAAAACUACUCAACGGCCUUCACCACCCAGCUGGCGGACAUGGGCGCCAAGGUCUCAAAGACUUUCACCAAGCAAGUGACUCACGUGGUUUUCAAAGACGGGUACCGGAGCACCUGGGACAAGGCCCAGGCUCGAGGGGUGAAGCUCGUGUCCGUGCUCUGGGUUGAAAAGUGCAGGACGGCGGGAACACGCGUGGACGAGGCCCUCUUUCCUGCCGCGAAUACCAGGGAGCGUCUGCCAAGUCUGCUUAGGAAGAAACGUAAAUGUAUGCAGCCCAAAGAUUUUGUUCCAAAGACACCAGAAAACGAUAGAAGACUGCAAAGGAAAUUUGAGAGGAUGACUGAAGAGCUGCAAAGGCAAAAGAUGACCACAGGCACGGAUGCUCCUGUCCUCCUGUUUGAGUCUCCGGGCUUGCUGGUGUACAGCCCCCCGACGGCCUUCCACGGCCACCACAACAACGCGGGGAGGACGUUGCAGGAGGCCACGGGGAAGAGGGACGAUCUCUCCACCACGGGGAAGAGGAACGAUCUCCCCGCAACGGGGAAGAGGGACGAUCUCCCCGCGACAGGGAAGAGGCACGAUCUCCCCGCGACAGCUUCCCCGACGGCCGGGCAGACUCGGAAGAACCCAGGAACGUCUUUCUGUGACGCGGCCUGUGACAUGCCGCGUGACCCUUUGUGCUCAGGUGCGGUGGCGGCCGGGCGUCGGUGCUCACCCCCGGACGGCCUCUGUGGAGCCCCGCGGCGGGCACAGCAGGAGGCGCGGCGGGGAGGGUCUGCGAGCGACGACAAUGGCACUUCCUCUUCCUCAUCUGGGGCGAUGGUGGACGGUGCUCGCUCACCGCCGCCGCCCGCAUCCUGCGACCAGCCAGGCCCCUGGGAGCCCGGGAGCCCCGUCCCCCGGGAGGGGAGAAGCUGCCGGCCAGACCUGCUGGGGGCACCGGCCAGCCCGGACCGAGCGCCAGCCGCCAGCCCGGCCCAGAAGACGGCUGACGAGCACAGGCUGUCUCCCGCCCCGUCCACGGAAGACCCCCUUCUAGCGGGUUCCAGGCCCAGUUCCUCCACAAAGAGGAAAAGGGCAGCGGGCCCGCGCUCCCCCCCAGAGGGACGGCUGAAGAGGGGGAGCUGCGGCCCAGGGCCCGCCCCCGCGCCGUCCCGGGAGCAGCCGCCGGCGGCCUGGCCCGCCUCGCCCGGCCCCAACGGGGGCAGCGCCUCCACCGCCUACGAGGACUACUUCUCACCUGACAACCUCAGGGAGAGGGCGUGGGGGCCGUGCCCCGCCCCACCCCGGCCCCGGCCGCCCCCCGCGCCCCUCCGCUGCCAGAGUCUUUCCAAGAGGGAGAGAAGGAGCAUAUUGCAGAGGGCCGACUUCUCCUGCAUGGGCGAAAAGCGCAGCGCCGGCAGCAGCCGCAGUUUAAUCGCACGCGCCCUCGACCAGGGGGACCCCGCUCCCAGCCGCGGGGCGUUACAACCGCCACCCGCACUCGCAGGGAGCCCCGACCGAGGCGGGCAGGCCGGCCCUGUGCAGGGGGGAGGCUCCCGCCCCCCUCGCGGCGAGGCCCGCCCUCCCCCUCCCCCCACAGCGCCCGCCCGCAGCCCCGGGGCCGGGCAGCGCCCCGGCGAGGAAGCCAGAGAACCCACGGGCACCGAGAGCACCCACGAGGAAGGCGCCCCCGGCCAAGGUGAUCGCAGGCACGGCCUGGGAGGAGACUCGAGCGCGGAGAACGACGCCAACACCGAAGACAAGGAAAACGUGGCCACGGGCCGCAGCGAAAAUGUUAAAAAUGGCCCAGCAAGAUGUGAUUUUCCCGACAGCCCCUGUGCGGGCUUCCAGGACGGCGUCAGACCUGAGAAACCAAAGCAAAGUGGGAGAGGUGCAAAGCCAACAAGAACAUUAGUCAUGACAAGCAUGCCAUCUGAGAAGCAGAAUGUCAUCGUGCAGGUGGUGAGGAAACUGCAAGGCUUCUCGUUCUCCCCCGAGGUCUGCGAGACCACCACCCACGUGCUGGCCGGGAGCCCGCUCCGCACGCUCAACGUGCUCCUGGGCAUCGCCUGCGGCUGCUGGGUCCUGUCCUACGAGUGGGUGCUGUGGUCUCUGGAGCUGGGUCACUGGAUUUCUGAGGAGCCCUUUGAACUGUCAACCCACUUCCCCGCAGCUCCCGUCUGCCGACGCGAGCGCCAGCUCUCCCCCGGCCAGUACCGGGGAGCCCUCUUUGCUGAUCAGCCCCCGAUGUUCAUCGCGCCCGCCAGCAGCCCCCCCAGGGCCCAGCUCUGCGAGCUGGUGCGACUCUGCGGGGGCCGGGUCAGCCCCGCAGCCCACGGGGCGGGCAUCGUCGUGGGACCCCACAAGGGAAAGAGGACGGCCAGCAGCAAGCACCUGUCAGAGAAGUGGGUGUUAGACUCCAUCACCCAGCACAAGGUGUGUGACUUCGAGAACUACUUGCUGCUUCAGUGACGAGACCGGGGCCGGUGGCCACUGUGGGGGGCCUUGAAUCCCCACGAGAGCAGUGGCUGGGGAAAGGAGGAGCCGGCAUUCGGAGAAUCAGCGGCUGCAGCUCGCGCCUCGCGUCUGCCCGGGCGCCGUGGGGCCCUCGUCUCCAGAACGCCUUUGCGACUUGCUCAUGGCUGCACCCGCACCGCACACCAGCACCGGCCAGCCCCCUCCACCUGCUUUCUCAGGGAU